AUGAACGAUCUGCGUCUUAAGCUUACCGAAAGAUAUCGGGAUGCUAUUUUUGGUUCCGUGAACGACGCCAGGCCCGUUGCACGAGCAAUAUUGACUCGGCGUUCCUUAAAUUUACAUAAAAAUGUUCCUAAAACCAACAAAACACCUGACCAGUUUUCCGGGAGUGGAUUGAUUCGAUUCGAACAAAUAAAUAAGGAUAUUCCACAGGGAUACCGCACCGCACCGUACGUCUGGCUCUGGAUAUUUGUGGAAGUUUCUAAUAACCAAGUAGAUCCAAUACUUCGAGAUUGGCAAUUUUCUGAUUAUGGAAAACAAAGGGCGCUUAUUGAUCCUGUAUUGUCAUUACAAGCAGAGUCAUGGCAGAGUUUUGAAAAAUUUGUCGCGUCAUUUCGUUGUGUAAAGUCAGCUGUGAUUGAAGAAGAUGAACUAACAAUGAUCUCGGAGAAACAAAAAAAUACAAAUCUGAAAAUUUCGCUGCAAGAGAAUGGAAUUUUGAUUGCUAUCAUUAUACCAUUAAUGUCCGGAGAUUUAAACAUCCCGGGUACCGAGAGUCCAAAUGAAAUUCACCAAUACAAACAGAGACAAAAACCGAUCAGUCGAAUGGCAUACAAAGAAGAACGUAAAAAAUCUGCAUCAAAAAAUGAUUUUUUUCAUCCUCUUUAUGUCUGCAGAAAUUGCGAUGUCGAACUUCCGAAACGCUCUGGGAUUGUAGAUGGAAAAGUUUUUAGGGACUAUUUUAACCAUUUGUUGGUAGAUCAUACAAGUCUAUUAUGA